AUGCCGAAAGCCUCAAAGAAAGGAGGAAAGGGCAAGGUGUACGCGCUCCCGACGGCGCUGAAGAAGAAGGACGGCGGCGUGCCCAAGCUGACUGCGCUGCGGGACAAGCGCGCGCAGGCCGCGCCCUACACGAAGGGCAAGGCCGUGUCCGUUGACGCGACCCCGAUCGACUCCUCGCUCACGGUGCGCGACUCUUCCGCCAAAGCCUUUAUGCGCGAGCUGCGCAAGGUUAUCGAGCGCGCCGAUGUGAUCAUCCAAGUCCUCGACGCGCGCGACCCAGAGGGCACGCGCUCCAAGUGGGUCGAGGACGAGGUGCGCAAGCGCGACGCGCAGGGCAAGAAGCUCCUGGCGGUCGUGAACAAGAUCGACCUGGUGCCGCGGGAGAACCUGGAGCUGUGGCUGAGGCAUUUGAGGCAUUCGUUCCCGACCAUGCCGUUCAAGUCCUCGACGCAGGGGCAGAGGCAGCACCUGUCCCAGAACGCGGUCCCGCUCGCCGCGCCCGCGCAGCAGGUCGGUGAGAAGCGCAAGCUCGCCGAACUGCCGCAGACGAGCUCGUCGCUUGGUGCCCCCGCCCUGCUGAAUCUGCUGAAACAGUACGCGCUCACUACGCCGCAUAGCGCGCUCACGGUCGGCGUGGUGGGAUACCCGAACGUGGGCAAGUCGUCUCUGAUCAACUCCCUGAAGAGGUCCAGGGCGUGCGGUGUCGCGGCCAUGCCGGGCAAGACGCGCCUGGUGCAGGAGGUCGUGCUGGACAAGGGUGUGAAGAUUCUGGACUGCCCCGGUGUAGUGCUCGAGGACAUUGGGCGGGAGUAUGAGGGCGAGCAAGGCCGGCAGAAGCAGGCCGAGCUCAUGCUGCGUAACUGCGUCAAGGCCGAGAUCAUCGACGACCCCGUGUCUCCCGUCGAGGUGAUUCUGCAGCGGACAGACCCGGCAACCCUGCAGAAGCUCUACAACGUGCCGCCCUUCGACGACGUGCGCGACUUCCUCAUCAAGAUUGCGCUCACGCGCGGCCGCCUCGGCAAGGGCGGCAUCCCCGACCUGAUCGGGAGCGCGGUCAGUGUCCUGCGGGACUGGAACUCGGGCAAGAUCCCCUACUUCACGAAACCGCCUGCCGUGCAUGCGUCUUCGAUGCCGCAGGCCCAGCCGCAGCGCGAGGGAGCCGAUGUGUCCAUGGACGAGGGCGAGGCCGUCGGGUCCGCCAAGGUGCUCACGCAGCUCAGCGAGGCGUUCACGAUUGAGGGGCUGUUCGACAACAUUGGCGACGACGCCGAGUGGCAGGGUAAUGGCGAAGAGGAGAUUGAGGAGGACGGUUUCAUCCCCGACGAGGAGCCCGCACCGGCCCCUGCCCCGGCAGCUGUCGCGGCGCCGCAACCCGCGGUCCAGAAACGCAUGCGCAUGGCGAUGGACAGCGACGACGAGUCAGACUCGGACUCGGACGUAUCCCUGGGCUCUCCCGUCGCUUCGACCUCCGCUCUUCCUGCUGCUUCUCACCCCACCGCCGGCGGCGCAUUCAUGCCGGUGCCUUCCCGCGGCGUAGCCGACCCCUCCCGCCUCUUCGCCCCCGAGGAGCUGGCCACCCUCGGCGCGAACAGCGACGUGCUGGACCGCAAGCGGGCGAAGCAGCUAGCAAAGCGGGAGAAGAAGAAGCGUCAGGCCGCGGAAAAGCUCGAACUCGAGCUCACGGGCGGACUGCUCGGAAUGGACGUGGACGAAGGCUUCCGCGCCGAGAUGGACGCGAUCCCGGUACCUGCUAGCAAGAAGCAGAAGCUCGAGAAGCGGAAGAAGAAGAAGGCCGCGCUGAAGCAGGCCGAGAGGCAGCAGCGCAUGGCCGACCCGGAGUUCCCCGAGGAACUGGCCCGAGGGGAUAUGCAGAUGGACGAGGCCAGGAAGGAGAGCGACUUUGCAAACUUCCUGGCGCAGAUGGGGGCGGACGAGGACGAGGAGCUCUAG